CCAUCUACGCGCAACUCAUGCGACCAACAGCAUGGCUUGCCCAAAGCAAAGCUAUUGCGACCAUGGCGCUUUCCCAGUCUUCUGUUCAAGCGUUAAAUCGCCUUCGGACCUACACACCUCCGCCAACGCAAUGGCAUAAUUGUCCUCUUACCCGGCGCGCUGCCGUCCUCAUUCUGCUAUUCCCGGAUAGACAUGGCGAACUCAAAGUCGUUCUUACCAUGCGGAGCACCAAAUUAAGAUCAUAUGCAGGGCAAGCUGCCCUUCCUGGAGGCAAGGCAGAUACCCUCGAGGAAUCGCCAUGGCAUACAGCGCGGAGAGAAGCAUAUGAAGAGAUUGGACUACCCAUGGACGAAGAGAAGCUACGAGGAUUCAAAGUAGAGCAUCUCUGCGAACUACCUGCGAACCUAGCGAAGACAGAACUCGGUGUCCGACCCUGCGUCGCUUUUCUCUCUCCCUCUUCUUCAACCUCUUCUUCAUCCACGAGCCCACAAGCCGAAGAACGUUCUGUCGAAGAAAAGCUCAUCCCGCGCCUGGACCCAAAAGAAGUAGCCGCCGUCUUCACAGCCCCCUUCCGUUCUUUCCUCCAGAAAGAAUGGACAGGCGACGGCCCCGCACCGGUGCAAAAGAACGGCAAACCAGAGAAAUGGUACAGAGGAAGUUGGACAGAUUGGCACGAAAGCCGCUGGCGAAUGCACAAUUUCUACAUCCCCCGACCUCCACCGUCUCCUGUCGCGCUUUUGCACAAUCCUUCCAACACCUCUACAACAUCUGGCCCCUCGCUUUCGCCCCAUAAAUCUCCCCCCGGGGGCGAUGAUCUACACCCAGAAUCCAGCGCGCUAGAUGAUCUUACAACGUUUAGGGUGUUUGGUAUGACGGCACGGAUACUGGUGGAUGCAGCAAGGGUCGCGUACGGCGAGGAACCGGAGUUUGAACACAAUAGUCAUUUUGGAGAUGAGGAGAUGAUUGGGCGGUUGUUGAAGAUGGGGAGGCUAAGUGAGGAGAAGAAAAAGGGUGAAGUGCUCACGAAGGAAGUGUUGAGGGAGGCUAGUAAGAUGUAGUUGAUACUUGUGGUUUGUUAAAUAUGUUAUAGAGCGUUACGAGCUAGCGUCUGCGCUGAGUCUCGACCGCUGAGAUCACUCAGAUCCAAAGCUAAACCGUUGAUACCAGAAAAGAGAAUCCUCAACUCCAGUUGACCCC